AUGACGACCGAAGCUCAGACUACUAAACGCCUUCACAUUACCCCUUUCACACCGGAUCUCCUACCCUCCGUGCUAGGUGCCUCGGUUCAACCCUUAGCCACUGAAGUCUCCUUUCAUUGCAUCCCAACUUACCCGGAGAAUAAUUACGGCUACGUGACCCUACCCGCAAUGGAGGCGGAUAAGGUUAAAAAGAAGUUGAACGGAUCGAUUCUCAAAGGCCGAAAAUUCAACGUGGAGGAAGCCCGGUCACAUAAGAGAUCUCGAGACGAGACUGAGGCCCACGGCCCGGCGUCCGAUCGCAAAUCUACCUCCGACAAAAAGCAGAAAAAGCGAAAGUCCGAAGACAAUGUGUUAGAUGGGUAUGAGAUUCCGUCGGACCGCAAGGUUAAGAGAGGCUGGACCGAGUCGACACAGCAUAAGGGGGAAAGACGCAAGGAUGAAAAAAAGAAGGGGAAGGAUCGGAAAUCGUCCAAGUCCCAGGCCAAAUCCAAAUAUACUGAGAAACCCGAAUGUCUUUUCCGGACAAACAUCCCUCCCAACCGACACUCCCCCGCCGAAGAAAAGCCAGAAAAGCAGUCUAAGAAAAAAAAGAAGUCUACCCAGGAGUCCGUGGUCCAUGAAUUCGCCAAUACGGUUACUCACCCAAGUUUCCUUCGGUCGGCCGGUGAUGAGGCAGCACCCACAUCUUCCUUCGUAGAGGGUAAGGGAUGGGUGGACGAGUCCGGGAAUAUCAAAGAACAGGCCAGCGACCACAUCAGAAAAGCCGAAUACAAGCCUGGGCAAAUAGACGGCGCUAAACAGAAGGGCCGAUCAAACACGUCUCUGGCAAGCAGGGAGUCCAAGUCCAAGAAGGCUCCCCCCAAAAAUGAUGCAUCUGAUGAAUCGGAUGAUUGGACCUCCUCCAGCGGCGCUUCGUCGUCUGAUGAUGAGAGCAUGUCAUCCAGCUCAUCGGAUUCAGAAUCGUCUUCCAGUGGUGAUGAGAUUGAUGUGCAGACAAAACCUGAAACAUCCGCCGAAACCCAGAAUGGCGGCCCCGCGGACUCUGAUGCAUGGGUAGAUGGCAGCCAGACUUUGGCCAAGGCGACUGAGAAGUCUCUCCCUCAAGAAGUCCACCCACUAGAAGCGCUGUUUAAACGGCCUGCCCCAGGCUCGGCUGAACCCGAACCUCAACCCGAGCCGAAUGCGCAAUUCAGUUUCUUUGGUCAGGAUGAUAUAGAAUCCGAAGAGGAGAUGGAGGAACCAGCUGCGCCGCAAACGCCGUUCACGAAGAACGACUUGCAAAGUCGAGGAUUAAGGAGCGCCGCUCCAACACCUGAUACUGCCUUGUUUAAUCGGGCCGUGAACUGGAAUCGGGAUCAGGACGAGCCCGUGGACACGGAUGAUGAACCGUACACCACCACCACUCCGGUUCCGAAGACCGGAGCCGCAUCGAAGGAAGAGUCUGAUUUCACGAAAUGGUUCUGGGAGAACCGUGGAGACAACAACCGUGCCUGGAAGAAACGACGGCGAGACGUCGCCAAGGAGCAGAGACAGCGAGAGAACAGGAAAAAGGGGAUGAGGGGCAAAUCUUAA